AUGAUCUUCGACGCGGUCUCAGAGCAAAAGAACCCCUCCGCCAAACUCUCCUCCUCAAAACAAGACGACCCACUCGCUGUUCUCGGUGGAAUAGGGCGCAAGCCAUUUAGUCAAGCCCCAAUGUCAGAUUUAUUCGGCAAACUCAGACGACACUCAAAACGGUUGAAAUGGACGACGGAGGCGGAUGAGGAAUUUGACAAGAAGAAGGAGGAAAUGGAACUUUGUGAUACGGAUCAGCAGCUGCUUGAAUGGGCCAUGCGCGAGGUGUUCGGGCAGUCUCAGAAGUACGAGGAACGCCUCACCCCAAGCUCAAACGCAAGCGGAAGCGCAAAUCCACCACCACAACUUACGUCUACGCACCUUGAACUCCAACACCCAACAUAUCCCUACCUGAUCGCGCACCUCAUGCAAACCCGCUGGUCGUGCUUCCGCGACCUCAGAGGCGUACACGACGCCCUCGAAGAAAUGCGGGUCAACGGGGUCGAACCCGAUGGCAGAACCAAGAAACUUGUCGAGAAACUAAGGCGCGAAGUGGGGGCGCGCACGGUUUGGGAAGAGGAAUCUAUGUUUGGGAGUGGGGAGGUUGUUGGGAUGUUAUCUAAGAUCGAACAGCUUGCUAUUAAGGAGCCCAGAGGGAAGCGGGGGAAAGGGUCGGGCAGGAAAGGGCCGGCUUUUGAUGCGUGGAAGGGGGAUGCGCUUAAGGAGGACGUGGAGGACGGGUAUGAGUUCGGCCAGUGGGGUUCUCGCAAGCCGAGGCCAAGACGUCGGGAACGAGACUCAGAACGGACAGCUGUCACGGGGCUGGAUGAUUUGCUGGAUGGCAAGAUACCAGGUGAAGACCAGCUGGAAUUCAAAUAG